CCUUCAAACAAAAUGGAGCUCAGAACCACAAGUCCAUCCCAAUGCUGCUAUGAGUUCUGCACUGGGAAAUUUGAGGCAGCUAAUUGAGGUCUUAAAUCCUUGGAGUGUAAUUGAAGGAGUGGCGAGAGUGGGCGUGUCAUCGGAGGUGACGUUUCCGGAAGCUCCGACUGUCAUCCUUCAGGAAAGAACUUACUGGUCCAAUGUCUGACCAUGGGGAUGUGAGUCUCCCACCCCAAGACCGGGUGAGGAUUCUGUCCCAACUUGGGAGUGCAGUUGAAUUAAAUGAAGACAUUCCACCCCGCCGCUACUUCCGUUCUGGUGUUGAGAUCAUCCGCAUGGCAUCCAUUUACUCUGAAGAAGGCAACAUUGAACAUGCCUUUAUCCUCUACAACAAGUACAUCACGCUGUUCAUUGAAAAACUUCCAAAACACCGAGACUACAAAUCAGCCAUCAUUCCUGAGAAGAAAGAUGCGGUCAAGAAAUUAAAGAACGUUGCUUUCCCUAAAGCAGAAGAACUUAAGACGGAACUCUUGAAAAGAUACACCAAAGAAUAUGAGCAGUAUAAAGAACAAAAGAAAAAGGAAGAGGAGGAACUUGCCCGGAAUAUCGCCAUCCAGCAAGAGCUGGAAAAAGAGAGACAGAGAGUUGCCCAGCAGAAACAGAAGCAGCUGGAGCAGGAGCAAUUCCAUGCCUUUGAGGAGAUGAUCCAGAAGCAGGAGCUGGAAAAAGAGCGGCUAAAAAUUGUCCAAGAGUUCAGGAAGGUGGACCCUGGCCCGGGUGGGCCUCUGCUCCCUGAUCUGGAAAAGCCUUGUGUAGAUGUGGUCCCCACCUCACCCACGCAGACUUCAGACUGUAACCGAACCGUGAGGCCAGCUAAGCCGCCCUUGGUGGACAGGUCCCUGAAACCUGGGGCACUAAGCGUCAUAGAAAACGUUCCCACCAUCGAAGGCCUGCGCCACAUUGUGGUGCCCCGCAAUUUGUGCUCGGAAUUUCUCCAGCUUGCCAGUGCCAAUACCGCCAAAGGCAUUGAAACUUGUGGAGUCCUCUGUGGAAAACUGAUGAGAAAUGAAUUCACAAUUACACAUGUUCUCAUCCCCAGACAAAAUGGUGGGCCUGAUUAUUGUCACACAGAGAAUGAAGAAGAAAUUUUCUUUAUGCAGGAUGAUCUCGGACUCCUCACUCUUGGCUGGAUCCAUACUCACCCAACCCAAACAGCCUUUCUAUCCAGUGUGGAUCUGCACACUCACUGCUCCUAUCAAAUGAUGUUACCAGAAUCCAUAGCAAUUGUCUGCUCCCCCAAGUUCCAAGAAACUGGAUUCUUUAAGUUAACUGAUUAUGGCCUUCAAGAGAUUUCAACCUGCCGGCAGAAAGGCUUUCACCCUCACGGCAGAGACCCCCCUCUGUUCUGCGACUGCAGUCAUGUCACUGUCCAGGACAGGAUUGUGACCAUCACAGACCUUCGAUAAAUCUCAGUCGUGAUCCAGGGAGUUGGCUCAUUGGGUAAAGGCACUUGCGCCCAAGCCCAGCAGCCCAAGUUCAAUUCCUGGGACCCACAUGAUGGAAGGAGAGCAUCAACUUCCCCCAAGUUGUCCUCUGACCUCCACUUGUGCGCUGUGGUAUGUGUGUGGGCACGCGCACACACACACACACUCACACACACACUCACACUAAAUAAAUAAAUAAAUAAAUAAAUAAAUAAAUAAAUAAAUAAAUAAAUAAAUGUAAUUUACAAAGUCUUACCCUCCUCCUGAGUUACACACCCUGAUCAGUUUACUACCCAUCCACCCCACCCCGCCAUGGAAUUAAGCUUUUAAGACAGAAUAUGAAAGGGUCAACACCAAUGGGAGACUGUUGAUCUUUUUAAUUUGUUAUUUGAAAAUAAGCCAUUUUAUUUUUUUUAAGGCAAAUCUGAAAAAUGAGCAAAUCACACCAAGCAACUAACUCAAAAAUUAGGAUGCAAGAGAAAGCAUCUCUUUAGAGCCAACCGCUGGCCUUUGUCCCUCUGGUGAUUUAUCUGCCAACUUGUUCGUCUCUACCUUUGGACUAAAUAAGGGCGUCUAUGCAAAACUAUGAAAGCCAUUUUGAAGGAUUUGGCCUUUUCUUGUUUGUGGCAUUACUAAGGGAGUGCAUCACUCUGGAGGGAAGUGCAUGAGGAGCUCACAGGCCCUAUAAGUUGAUUUUGUUUAAAAAAAA